AUGUUCGGCCGCCGUCGUGCCCACGCCCCCAUGACCAGCACCAGGACCACCCGUCCCAUGGGCUCCGGCCUCUUCAGCCGCCGUCGCGUUCACCACACCACACCCAUGACGACCACUCACACCACCCACACCACCCGCCGCCGCGGUUAUGGCCGCAAGAGGCACCACGGACAAGGAAUGGUUGCCCCCGCUGCUACCACCAUGGGAACCACAGCCGCCGUUCAUCACCACCAAAAGCGCAAGACGAGUCUCGGUGAUAAGAUCAGCGGGGCGCUGAUGAAGAUCAAGGGGAGCAUUACGGGAAGGCCGGGACAGAAGGCUGCGGGGACGAGGAGGAUGCGGGGGACGGAUGGACGGGGGAGGAGGAGACAUUAUUAA